UUUAUUACCAGUUAUCUAAUUCAGAAAUAAUGUAAUUUAUGUGUAAUUUCGUGAGUUUAUUGCUUCUCAAGUUUAAAAAGAGUUCAGUUGAAGUUUGCAACAGUUACAAAGAAGCUACUUUGGAGACACUUCUUCCAGCUAAAGAUAAGUCCAACCAUAACCUUAAACUGUUUACAUUUUUAAAGUAUUGUCAUAACGUGUUUUAUCGAGAUUUGUUUAAUUAAACGAGAAUAAGAAAUAUAGUUACAUUUUGUAAGGAUGGGAGACGGAAAUUCAGAGCAAGACAAUAUAACGGAAAACGGCAAAGAAUUGGAUGAAAAAGCUGAAGUAAAUAGUGAAAAACAGGGCUCACAUUGUAAACUACUUGCUGCUUCGCACAGUGAGAAGUCUCUAAACAGCCAUAAUCAAAGUAACGAAGAGCCUCCUUGUAAACAAUUCAAAAGUAGUGUUAAUAUAAAUGGGGAUUAUACCAAUGAAAAGUUCAUUACCAAAUUCAAGGAACACUGGAAUAAUAGCAAACCCUUUCUAUUUAAUAAUUCUGAACUAAUUGUUAAACCUUUUAAAGUAACUAUAUUACCUAACUUUAUUGAAGACAAUUUUUUAUUAACAAAGAUUAGAGAAGAAUUUAAUGAAAUUGAAUGGCACAAAAGGAAUAUGGACCUAUAUGAAUUUCUUCAGUCAUCUGACUUGAAACAUUUAGGAAGCUCCAAAUACAUUUCUAUAUUUUACAAAUUUCUUGAAGAAAUUGCCAUGAAAUGGAUAAGUGACAUAACUGGCUUAGAACUUGUUAAAGUAUCUGCUACAUGCAGUUUAUAUGGUGAUACUGAUUAUCUUCUCGUUCAUGAUGAUCAACAGGAAGACAGGAUGGUAGCAUUUAUUUUAUAUCUAACUGAGCCCGAUUGGAAGGAAAGUUAUGGAGGAAAUUUGCAGUUAUUAAAUAAAAACGAAUUUAAUGAACCUCUUGAUGUUGUAAGGGAUAUUUUUCCAUCAAACAAUCAGUUUGUAUUUUUUCAAGUAACAAAUGACUCCUAUCAUCAGGUUUCUGAAGUUACCAGCAAAAAUAAUUGCAGGCUAAGUAUAAAUGGUUGGUUUCAUUCAAAAUUGCCACCUAUUUUUCAAGCACCAUUAUAUAAUCCUCCCACUAAUGGUAUUUUUUCACAACACUUCAUAAGCCCUCAAGAAGCUGAUAUCGAUUUAUCAGACUGGAUAUCUGAAGAAUAUUUGGAUGAUAAAACAGCAGAGGACAUUCAAGCUCACAUUGAAGAAAACUCAGAAAUAUCCUUGUGCAGUUAUUUCAAACAAGUUGUCAUUCAGACAAUACUUGAGGAAUUAAAAAUAGACGAUUAUCUUUUAGGAAUACAUUGGACACAAGUAGGUCCUCCAAAUAGAUUUCUGUAUUCCAAAUUGGAAGAAAAAAAUCUUCCUCAUACUUUAGAAAGACUGUUACUAUUAUUCAAAUCUGAACAAAUGUUCGAUUUAUUGAAAAAAUAUACAGACUUAGAUUUAAAGUGUUUGAAAUAUGAAAUGCAAAAAUGGACUCCUGGAAAUUACAUGUUAUUAUCUGAUUAUGACUGGGCUGAAAGGAACGAGUUGGAUUUAAUUCUAUAUCUUGGUUGUACUGAUCCAAACUCAGUAAUUGGUGGAAGAACUAUGUAUGUAUCAGUAGAAGAUGAAGUUCAACAAGCUUUUAUAACUGUAGAACCACAGGAAAAUAAUCUUAAUAUAAUAUUUAGGGAUACAGCAAGAUUUACAAAGUAUUUUAGUAAACAAAGUACUUGUAAAUGCUUUUAUAUGUUAAUUUGUUCAUAUUCUGAAUAAAUGUUUGUAAGCUUU